CAUGGAUGGACUGCCGCCCGUUUCCUUCCAUAGCCCGAUCGUGUUUCUCCACCACUCUUCGCUACCACAGGCACUUUCCGUUUCCGCCGCCGUCUCAGUCUCGAUUCACGACGGAGAGGAGAUCCCGAGCUCGUUCAUCGAACUACUCCAUGGAGGUCGCUGGUGUGGAUUCUAUGGGAAAGGAGUUCACUAGCGCUCAAGAGAUGUGGAGGGAAGAAAUCGGUGAAGAAGGGGAUGUGACCAUGAAGACCCAGUGGUACCGAGAUGGUGUUUCUUACUGGGAAGGCGUUGAGGCAUCGGUUGAUGGAGUAUUGGGUGGGUAUGGUCAUGUGAAUGAUGCUGACAUUGUUGGAAGCGAAGUUUUUCUGAAGACCCUCUUACGAGAAAGACUAGCAGAUGGCGGGAUGAAUCGGUAUCUGGUCGCUCUCGAUUGUGGAUCUGGCAUUGGGAGGAUCACGAAGAAUUUACUAAUAAGAUACUUCAACGAGGUUGAUCUGCUUGAACCUGUAUCACAUUUCCUGGAUGCUGCUCGUGAAAAUUUGGUAUGUACAGCCUCUGAAACACACAAGGCCACUAACUUCUUCUGUGUCCCUCUUCAGGAAUUCACUCCAGCUGCUGGUAGAUAUGAUGUAAUUUGGGUUCAAUGGUGCAUUGGGCACCUCACUGACGAUGACUUUGUUUCUUUUUUCAACCGAGCUAAGGCUUCCCUUAAACCUGGUGGGUUUUUUGUCUUGAAAGAGAAUGUCGCUAGAAGUGGAUUUGUUUUGGAUAAAGAUGAUCGUAGCAUCACCAGGUCGGACAUUUACUUCAAAGAGCUCUUCCGUCGAUGUGGUUUGCAUCUUUACAGAACAAAGGAUCAGAAUGGCCUUCCUGAAGAAUUAUUUGCUGUGAAAAUGUAUGCUUUAACUGUUGAUACACCAAAGAAGGUCUCCAAAACCAAAUCAAAAACUCGUGGGAACAGACCCCAAAUCAUCAAAUGAUGGCUCGUUAAUGCUCAUUAUAGAAGGACGUGGCAAGAGGUGUGAAUUCUCUAUAUCCUUUCAUUCAUUUUCUGAUCUAAAUCAUCGGGUUAUUACUUCUUUUGUCUGCCAGUAAAAGUCGUACCUUUUGUUCAUCAUCCGGUUUUACCACUUAUCAUAUGAUGUUAUGAUGGCUUAUUAGUCAUUUUACAACCAGUUUGCCAAAA